UUCUCCUUGCGAAUUCAUACUUAUACAAACUCGCUGCUCCAGUUGGAGGGUACUUGUGGUCCCCGAGGUCUUGCCACACAGCGCAUCCUUACAGCCCUCUUCUCACCUCGUCUCACUGAUUACAUAGGAUGUCCCGAUCUCGAAGCCUCUGGGCUUCGGGUUCCGGCCCAAGCUGAAUUUGUAUCCAGAUCCACGCAAACAUGUAUUUGUGGCCUGCUUGAAUGGGAUUCCUUGUUACGUGCGGAGACCCAAGCUUUGGAGGUACCUUUCAACGACCUUCCGCAAGACCGAACUCCACUCACGGCCGCUUCUGCAUCUGGCUCUGGAUCUUCCUAUCGCGGCUCUUCCUCCAUCACCACUUCGUCUGGACGAGUCGCUCGCAGCAGAUCUGGCAGAGCUUCUGCCGACAGUGCUCUCCUAAGUGUUGCAUCACAAGCAUCAGGGGAUUCGGUUACUCCAAUUAGAGCUCGCUCACGCCGGCGCAGUCAGCCUCAGGCGGCUGUGUCUGAUCCAAUCAAUCUUGCUUCCUCUUGCUGCUCUUCAUCUUCCCCUAUUCUCAGCCGAUCGAGCGGAUCUUCGUCACAGCGAUCUAGACAAGCCACAAUAUCCCCGGCAGCAGUCAAUCAGUUGCUGCCUUCCUCCUCAUCUUCCUCUUUUUCUCUCGCCGGUGGUGAACGCUACUUGCCCCAGGCAGUGGCGGCCGUGUUUGCAGCGGCUGCGGCGGCAGCCGCUGCAGCCUCGUCUUCC